GACAGCGAUCUCAGCACCUGGGCCAAUGCCGGGUGUGACGACACGGGGUGCUCUGUCGACGUGCAGGAGGCCGACCGCACCUUCCCGGAGGGCCCUGGGCCCACUCGACUCUGGGAGGAUCCCUCGGCCGAGUUUGUCUCCACCGAGACAGAGGAGGUAUCACGUUUCUUAUCCCGGCCGGCGGACUUUGCUUACGCCGUCACCGAGGUCACUGCAGCUGGCAAAGUCCGCUCAAUGAGUAUCACACGCGGGGACCUCCUGAGCAAGACCUCACUGAGGCCUCGUGACCUUAGAGCAGUCUCUGUGCGACCCCCUCCGGGUGCCGAUGCCGGGCCGAUGCUCUCCAGCAGGCAGGCGGGCCUCCUCAUCGGACUCGGCGGUGUGCGCGCCGUAGUGGAGGAGGAUCGGGCGCUACUUUUCGGUCCAGGGAACCGGGAUCAAGCCAGAUUCCUCCGGGUCCUCGAGAACCAGCGCCGUGCCGGCGCCGAGCGGGGCGAAGGCUCCGCGCCAAUUGGAAGCUUCCGGAUGGUCUUCGUCGAGUCCGCCCUGCUCGCGCUGAGCCGGCGGCUCGCCUCCAGGCUCCUGGAGAUCCGGCAGCGUAUGGAGCCGAAGCUGUUGGCUCCGCCGGUGCUCCGCGA